CGCGGGGCAGAAUCGAUUUGCCCGUUUCUAGAAAUCGUAAUUUCUUUGUUCUCGUAGUCUUCAUCCUGUCGUUUCAUCCUGUGCUUCGUUCAUCCUCGACUAUCAAAUGCGCAAGUAUACGAGCAAUGGCGUUCAAAACGGUCAUCGGAACGCAGCAUUUGUCGCGGACGAAGAAGACCAAAAUGGCUUCCGGAAAGACUCCGGAGACUCGAUUGCACGAUAUUCGGUGACAUCCGAGGAAACAGAAGCGAAAAGAGGCUGGAACAACAGCAUCGAGUUCCUGAUGUCCUGCAUCGCCAUGUCCAUCGGAUUUGGUAACAUUUGGAGGUUCCCGUUCACAGCGUACGAAAAUGGCGGCGGUGUUUUCCUUAUACCAUACAUAAUCGUUCUGUUCCUCAUUGGUAAACCAUUUUACUACUUGGAGAUGAUCAUAGGACAAUUCUCGUCCUCGACGUCCAUCAAGGUUUGGAGCCUUUCACCAGCGUUCGUCGGAGUUGGAUGGGCCCAACUCUGUUCGAACGUGGCGCUGAUGACGUAUUACAGUUCCUUGAUGGCUUUGACGUUGUUCUUCCUGAUCGCAUCUUUCUCCUCCGAGCUACCCUGGGCGAAGUGCAGAGAGGAAUGGGGCGACCAUUGUGUGGAUUCCAGCACUAAGGCGAACAUAAGCGCGAACAGUAUGGGCGCAUUCGAAGGAGCACGGUCCGAGGGUGCGAACGUAUUCGACUUGCUGGUGACCGACGAACAGUUUAAAAGCUCGGCAGAACUUUACUUUUUGAAAGUGGUACUCCAGGAGAAGGACAGCAUCGACGAUGGGAUCGGAUUGCCAGAUUGGAAAUUAACGCUCUGCCUGCUUGGCAGCUGGCUAUCGGUGAUCCUGAUAACGUUCCAGGGCGUGAAAAGCUCUGGAAAAGCGUCCUAUUUUCUCGCGAUCUUUCCCUACAUCGUACUGGUCAGUCUUCUGAUCAGAGCAGUCACCCUCGAUGGCGCAGGAAACGGGAUUUUGUACUUUAUCACGCCAAAAUGGUCGAAACUUUCGGACUUGACCGUCUGGUACGCUGCUGUCACGCAAUGCUUCUUCUCGCUUUCCGUUUGUUUCGGCACCAUCAUCACCUAUUCGUCGCACAACGACUUCAAACACAAUAUCUACAGGGACGCGAUGAUCGUGACCAGCCUCGACACGGUGACCAGUAUGAUAGCUGGUUGCACGAUUUUUGGAAUUCUUGGUAAUUUGGCUCACGAAAUGGGUAUUACGGAUAUUGACAAAGUGGUGAGGUCUGGAGCUGGUCUGGCGUUCGUUUCUUAUCCCGACGCGAUAGCAAAGUUCGAUGUUGUGCCACAGGUAUUCGCGGUCCUCUUUUUCGUGAUGAUGUUCGUUCUGGGAGUCGGUAGCAACGUAGGGAUGGUAUCGGGAGUAGUUAUAGCCUUAAAAGACAAACUUCCAAAUGUAAAACUCUGGCAAAUCGUAAUUUCAGUGUGUUCGAUGGGAUUUGCCGUCAGCACAGUUUACGUAACGCCUGGUGGCCAAUUUUUGCUUACGUUGGUCGAUUAUUACGGCACCUCUUUCGUUGUGUUUAUCCUGGCGUCUUUUGAAAUCACUGCGGUAGUAUGGUUGUACGGUAUAGAAAAUUUCAUAGACGACAUCGAGUUUAUGUUGGAGAAAAAAACGAGCAUCUAUUGGAAUGUCUGCUGGUUUCUCGUAACGCCGUUGAUUUUGAUAAUAAUUUUUAUAUACACUGUUGCAACCUUGUCGCCAGUGACUUAUGGCGGAAAAGAUUAUCCAGCGUCGGCACACGUGGCUGGCGUGAUUAUACUCUGCAUCGGCGUUUUCCAAAUACCAUUCUGGAUGGUAGCGGAAAUGGUGAAGAACAGACGUCUGCCAUUUUUGCAGAAUAUAAAAGCGUCCUUUCAACCAACGUCAGAAUGGGGGCCAAGGAAGACCAAGUACAAGGAUGCCUGGUUACUUUUUAAAGAACAGAAAACGAAAGAAAGGAGUCUCAGGACGCAACCCAGAUGGCUCCAAUUGAUUUGCAUACUGCUGCGUGUUAAAAUGAAAUAAAACGGAAGGAACACUUUUAAUCUGGCAUUAAA